AUGGCGGCGAUGGAGCGGGACAUGCGCGCGCUGGCGAGCGGCGCGACGGUGGGGUGGCGAAGGCACGGGGAGUCGAUCGGGAGGGCGGCGGCGCGCGCGGCGGGACGGUUGCGGCGCGGCGCGGCGGCGACGGAGCGAGACGAGGGGCGCGCGGAGGCGAUGCGGCGGUGCUGGAGCGCGUUCGUGGAAUUUGUGGUGCGCUGGGGGAUGUCGAGCGAGGUUUGGGGGGUCGGCGCGCGCUCGGGGGUGUGCGAGGCGUUGACGCGGUUGGCGUGUCGACGAGACGACGAGGGCGACGGGGAGGACGGCGAGGGAACGUCGUACAAACCGCCGCACGCGAGAGAGAGCGAUGAAAACAUCGCGAUGUGUGAGAAAGAUGCGUGCGAUUUGCGCGCGGGGGCGUGCGGCGCGCUCGGCGCGCUCGCGAGAUUGAACGGGAAGGCUUUGCACGGCGCGUGGGCGACGAUGUUGCCGACUUCGGAACAUCAGUUGCGGGAGAAGAGCGUAUCGACGAGUUUGGUGAAAGUGAUCGCGUGUGAUUCUAGCGCCAAGGUGCGCGGCGCGGCGGCAAACGCGACGAUGGCGCUGUUUGAGGGACCGGCAAGUCGACAAUACCUAGCCAUCGCCGAACGACGAGAGGCGGCGACGAGCGCCGGCGCCAACGGCGCGGCGAGUUCGUCGUUAGCGCCGGGAUUUGGCGCUCGCGUUCGCUCUUUUUCCGCGCUGAGUACAACUUUAGGAGAUAUGGUGAUCAUAACUCUUCGUGCACUUCUGACCGCGUUGUCACGCGAGAAGAACGCGCAGUGCGCGCGAGAGUUGUGCAAAGCCGUGGCGGCGCUGUGCGACGCCGUGCCGUUUGAUCGAUUCCCACGAGACCUUCUUCGAGAAACCGUGGACUCGAUUCACGCUAAACUCGUGCAUCUAUCCGCAGAAACGCCAAGCGAUCGAUCGACGAUACAGAGCGCGUUGUUCGGAGCGCUGGCAUCCGCGCUCUCCGCGCGCGGCGCGACGCGGGCGCUCGACGAAUACUUGAGCUCGGACUCGUCGUCAUCCAUGAUUUACAGAAUGAUCUCGCACGCAAAAGGUGAGGUCGCAGGAUCGCGUUGUGAAGCAUUUAGCGUCCUGCGCGCACUCGUGGUGCAUCACACUGGGGCCGCGACGCUGAUAGGUGAUGAAUUACGCGAGUUAUUCCCGAGCGCGGUGUGCGCCUCGGGCGCGGACGACCGCGUGUGUCAAGCCUCUGCAAGAUUGCUCACGGAUUAUCUCGGCUCCGUGAGCGGUAGCGGACAAGUGCGCGACGACGAUGAGGUUGAUUUCGGAAUGAUCGCAAGUACUCCCGCACUUCCCAGUGAGGUUCUACGAGCGGCGUGGACGAAUGCGAUUGAAUCACAGUUGCCAACGUGCGCUUUGCAUAAAUCUGCGCUCACUCGCGUUGCUGGUUUGAACGUACUGACUCGAGUGAAUUCAAAUGUUCUGACAUGUUUUGGUUCAGAUGUGCGAACGUUAGAUUCGCUUCUAUCGAUGCCUCACUCGGUGCUUAGCGGUUCACAUGAGUCGGUGCCCGCUGUUCGCGCCGCCGCCUGCCGAGCGCUCGGUUUCCUCAUCUACCUACCAUGCGUCAAUCUCGAAGAGACCGCGGCGGCACUUCUCAUCGCCGCUGAAGAUGUUUCGAAGUCAGUGAAGAUUCCAGCCAUGUGGUCAUUGGCUAACCUCUGCGCGGUGAACGCGACGAGGGAGAAUCGGUUAUGCGACGACACUGUCGCUUCGUUGGCAAAAGUUUUGAUUGCGAGCGCGGCUGAGCAAGGAGACAAAGUACGCGCGAGCGCCACGCGAGGAAUCGCGCAUCUUAUUGCCGCCUCGACUUUUGAUACCUCACACGAAUGGCUUCACAAAGCUGCGCAGAGUUUGGCGAGUUGUUUGACCACGGGAAACGCCAAGACGCAAUGGAACGCCUGUCUGGGUGUCGCGGCGUUGCUACAGAACGACUCAGCGAUGGAUGUGGGCGCAUACUGGGCCGACUUCAUCGUGAGAAUGCUGCUACUACUCGUAAGAGACGCAAAGAAUUUCAAGAUUCGUCUACACGCCGCCGCAGCGCUCGCGGUCGGCGCACGGCAUGAGCGCCUGACCUUGGCGUACGUGGAUUCUGUUUCGGUGCUGACGUUGAGCUUAGAGGCACUCGAGAUUCAGAGCACUGCUUUCGAAUCUCAAAGUGCAAUGGAUUUCAAGUAUAAACCGGCGCUGAUUUGCCAGUUGACGACGACACUGGUGAGCGUCCUCGCGGUUGCGCGAGUCGAUGGGGCUAUUGGUGACGCCCUUAAGAAGUCGCACGCCAUCACGCUCUCGACGUAUCAAAGCUUGCGAGAUUACCUUGACGGAGGGAACAGCGAUGCGCGCGUCGUCGCAAGUUUCAAAACAGCGGUGCCAUUGGUGAACAAAGCCAUAUUUGACACAUCCUUAAAUAAUAUUGUCGCGAGUUUGCUCGCAACGCAACCUAGCUUGAGCGCACGAGCGCUCGCCGACGCGUUCGGCGCCUUAGCGUUUAGUUUUAGCCACCCAUGA